AUGGGUUUGCGAGGCAUUGGCUUUCUCCUGCAGUGUUACCUGAUGUUGGCAGCGGCCAUGUAUUUUGAUCUUGGAGAGCAGGAGGAAAAAUGCAUCAUUGAGGAGAUUCCUGAAGACACGCUGGUCACUGGUUAUUUCUUGCUGGAGCCUUGGAAUUCGAACACGUUCACCAACUCCCCUCACCUUGGCGUCACUGUGACAGUCAAAGACCCAAACUAUGAGCUUCAGAUGACCAAACGCUAUGGUAAAUAUGGUAAAUUCACCUUCACAGCUCAUGCCUCUGGUCAGCACUACUUUUGCUUCCAGACCAACUCCACAAGGUUUGCUGUCUUUGCUGGAGAGAAGCUGAAGCUACAUUUGGAUGUUCAGGUGGGAGAGCAUUUGAUUGACCACAACACUAAAAAGACCAAAGACAACAUGGAGAAUCUGGAGAACAGCCUCAGCCACCUCACAGAUCAGAUAAUAUAUAUCAUCAAGCAUCAGGAGUACCAGAGGGAGAAAGAGGAGGAGUUUCGGAGGAUCAGUGAGGGCACCAACAGGAAGGUGCUAUGGUGGGCCGUGGUGCAGACCUCUAUUCUGCUGUCCGUUGGUUUCUGGCAGAUGAAACGACUCAAAGACUUCUUCAUCGCCAAGAAGCUGGUCUGA